UAUCCGAUAGAUUUGGCUUUAAGCAAGAUAGUGGUACCGGAACGACAGAAGGCUGGGAUGAACGAAAGAGAAAGAGAAAGAGGGGAUUUCUCGUGCUAACAGAAGGGAUAAGAAACCCAUGCACGUACUCUUACCAGCGGUACGACGACUUCAGUCUGACGAUCACUUCCACGGAGUGAAGUUGACCAAGUCCGACGAUAACCCGGGAUCGUCUAUCGGUUCGAGCACACAGUGACUAGUAUCCUGACGUGUGAUCGGUGCAAAAAAAAAAAAGAAAAAAGAUUCGACUGUGUGCUCCGAAAUUUUAGCGCGAUAAAAACGUUCCUUUAGGUCAUACAAUAAUUUAUAAUAAAAUUCGGAAGAAAUUAAAUCAAGACGCGAGUGAUCAGGCCGCUUGGCGAUGUAAGAAUCACGUAUAAAAAAUUUAUAAAGAUAUCCUAUUGUUAAACAAUUGCUACAAUAAAAAGCAAAGAGGAAAUAAAUUUUCCUCUUUACUAUCAAAAUCGUUAACUAUUUGUACGCGAAGGCAAGCCGGAGAGCUGAUCCUUCCGGCAUUUUAUCGCCGCGAUAAUUUACAUAAUAACUGAAUUUACGUAGUAGAAUUUACUUUCCGCGUAGAAUUUUUCGCGCGGCAAAAACGUGCGUUUUCACGACGACCGAGCGAUUCGCGACUGUUUGCGACUUCGCCGUGAGGAAGCCGCCAACGUUGCGGCGCGAAGUGCGUGGUGUGCAGCCGGCGGGAGAAAGUGCCAGUUUCGCUGUGCGUCGUUCAUCGAUUUUUCGGUGGAUAUUAUCCACGGUGACGGCGGUGGAAUCGAUGAUCGAUCGUCAUCGGCGUCCCGCCUGACGAUGAGAGACUCGCGUCUUCUCAGGACAGCAUGACUCUCGGCGCGUGCGACCGUCCGCGUGCGUUAACAUGCGCGAAGACACGCGUGCCCGCGGGUACCGCUAGAUCCUCCUGAAGUGAUAUUUAACGCCUGGCUUAGAGAAAAAGAGAGACCCACUGGCAAGGAUCGUCGAAAGUGAGAGAGAUCGAGGACCUGAUCGCGAGGAUAACCGUUGGCCGGCAGACGCGAGCUACAGGCUGAAGAAAUCAAUCAUAUCGUAGCCAUGAACCUCGCGCUGCAUGGAUUUUUGCUGCAAAUUUUCGUGUCGAUUCUCGACUUUCGUCAUGGCCGUUUGUUAUGCAGCGCGGGGGAACCUGGCUAUCUGGACUUCGACAACCUGCCGGAGACGAAUUUCUCGUGUCAAGGAAAAGUGAUCGGCGGAUACUACGCGGACGUCGAGGCGGGCUGUCAAAUGUUUCAUGUCUGCACCAUCGGCCAGAAAGACUUGGUUUCAGACGAGAUUAUGGACAUAAAAUUCCUCUGUCUGAACGGAACCGUCUUCGACCAGGAGACCAGAGUCUGCGAGAGGGUUGAUGAGGUUGACUGCAGCAAGAGCGAGCGGUUCUACAAUCUGAAUCUGGAGCUGUAUGGCAAUAACGCUGUGACACUUAGCUUGAACGGCGAUGACGAGGACGAUCUAACGAUUGACCCGGUGGAGGAUCAUCAGUCGCGAACUACAUCGGCGCGACCUAGCACGACCAGCACAACUAGCACGACCACAUCCCGGCCUAGCAAAUCAUCCACCACGUCAGCCAGUGGUUCCUUCCAGCACCCAGCCGGUUAUCCGCAGCACUAUCAGCCUCAGCCACCGUUCCCACAGGUACACACGAGCCAGUCCAAAUCGCUGUACGAUGACAAGAACGGCGGGUACCAUCAUCAGUACAUUUUCCACAAUGGCGGCGAGCGCGCCAGCAAUCAGGCCACGUCCUAUCAAUUGUUCAGUAAUCAGGGUGCCGUAAGCUCGACGACCGUACCGCCGGCGCCCCCCCCGCCCCCCCCGCCGCAGAUCCAUCAGAUCAGGUACAGCUCGACGGUGGGUCCGCCACCGCAGAUCAUUCACAGCGAACCAUCUACCGUGACGCCGUUGUUCGCGACGUCCUCCACGAUACAGACGCUGCUCAACGCGAACAGCCCGGCGGGUUUGAUCAACCCUAUCUUUCACAAUCACGGAAUCGCGAGCACUACUGAACAUUUCUCCGUCCAUAGCAAUAAUCCACGCGAGACUACUGACUAUCGUGACGAUGAUCAGGAACAAGAUAUAAGGGCAUUGGAGGCAAUACAAUCGGUGAACAAGGGCAAGAUUUCUAAGCUGACAAUAUCUCCGGUGCCAAGCCAGCAAGAAUCGUCCCGAACAGUACAGACGAAAACAAGUCAAACAUCGCAGCAAAGGAUAUCCGGCAACUUUUUGCCGACUCCGGCCACCAUCGAAACAACUAUGAGAUCGUUCUAUCCGACGCCGAGGCCUUCUCCGAAACCUCCGCAGUCAUUGCAGUCAGUCACUCACCAAGUUACCCAACACAUUCACGUGCCGCAGCUCAAACCUCAUCAGAUUACCAUAAAUCUGCCGCCACCAGAUAUCCAGAGAAUCGUUCAGAACCCUUCGCCUCUGCUGCCUUCGCAGUCCCGGGUGAUUGUCACAGCGAAGGCGAGCGUGAGUGACGAAUCUGGUAGACCCCUGAACACUACGCAAUUGGUGACAUUGCCGUUGCCGACUAUACCGGCCAGCUAUGACGAUUACAAGGAGGGUGAUGAGUCCUUCGAUCCCUUUUAUCGCGACGUUCCGAAAAUUCGCAAAAAUCGCCAGAACGCGAUGGAGAACAUAAGAUUCUUGCGUGCGAAACGAUCGCUUGAGCAACCCUAUAACUUUGUUUACGAAGUGAACAGUCAUCAGGAUUUCAAGGUAAUACGAAAAAGUGAACCGCGUAAGAAUGAAGAUAAUGCGAUAAAUAAAGAAAGUACGCAUGUCCAGGUCAAUCUCGAAGAUUUUCGAUCUCUUAAAGAAAGUCUGAUAAAAUUUAGGGACAUCUUAUUUAGCGACAAUGUGAAUGAAGAUUCCUCUCACAGUGAUGCUGAAGAAAAUAGAAAUAAUACCGAACGUAUUGGAAUAAACAGCAAGACUUUUGAUACAAUAUCUGUAAAGCAGGUGCAAGACAAUGCGAUAAAAAAAGUAGACUAUCUAGAAGACUUGAAGACAGAAGCCUCUAAACACUUCAAUUUAAAUAAAAAUACGGACGAGGAAGAAGAAGAUGAGAAAGCGAGUCAUGAAGAUUCGACUCCAAAUGUUAAAAUUAAAUCUGAAAAAUCGCUUGAUGAGAAGAAACACAUUAAGGAUACGUCGGAACUUGAAAUUUACAUCGAAUCUACGACUGCUCAUUCUCGAAAAAAUGAAUCUCAAGGAGACGUUAUAGAUUUAAUAAUACUCGAUUCUAACAAUAACUCCAAAGUGAAAGCCACGUCCGCCAAGACUGACGCACCUAUCGAGAUUAUCAUCGAAGAAACGAAAUCUGACACGUACAACGCAUCAAAGAUUGACGGGAAAGUUGCACACGAAGGACAAAUCGCAGGAUCCUUGAUAAAAGAUGACCCGGAGAAGCGAUCGAACUCCGUCGCCGGCGAGAGAAGACAACUGACAAUUCCGCAUAAAACAAUCAAACGAAAUGGUGCCAAAGAUGGAGAACGAAAGUCUGGUCCGAGAAGGAAAAGUUCUCGACCGAGAUCGUCGAAAAGACGUAUAUCUUCGAGGAUAAGGCAGCAAAGAAUGGAAAACAUUGAACCGACAGAGACAAUUCAGCAAAAGGAAAGAACGACUACUGCUACUACUGUUAUUGAUACUACUACUGUUACUUCUACUUCUACUACUACAACUACUUCUACUACUACCGUGACCCCAUCCAUUACAGCUUUUGAGAAGAAAGUUGCGGAGCAGAUUGAUAGUAACAUUUUCGGGGACUCAGAAUCACAAACUUUUAAAGAGCUUGAUACGAGGGCGAUUGGUCACCGAGACGCGAUAUACUCGAAGAGCUUGCAGGACGGUAAAAGUUACGAUUCAAGUAGGAGUAAGGACAUAGAGCGAUCGUUUGAUCGGCAGAUUGUGGAAGAGCAUACGAGGAGUUCGGAACUACGUGCUGAUCAAAUAGAGGAGGAAAAACGGGAAACAGAAUUGCCGGAUUAUACGCAGACUACCGAAGGAAAAGAUACGACCGAAAAUCCGAGUAAUGCAAACGAAGCGAGAUCGACGGAAGUUGCACAAGUCUCUGAAGAGAAGUCUUCCAUCGAAGAGGAAGACUCUUACAGGGAGUACGAAUUUCCGGAUGAUGAUGAAGCUGAUACGAAUGAAGGAGAACUCGAAGAGAACUCGCAGGAUCGAUCUAGCAAGAUUUCUUCCGACGAAGUCGCAACUUCUCGCGAAGGUAACUUGGAAGAAGAAUCAGCUUACGACGAAGAUGCAAGCGAGAAAUCGAGCACUGAAAUUUCGGACGAAGAGCAGAGUUCAACUGCAAAUUACAAUGAGGACGUAAAUUCCGAAGAAUUGAACGAGUAUCAAGAUAUAACAGAAUCGUCUGCGGAGAGUACGCGCAGCAUCCAAGAGGAUUACAGGGAGUACCCGGAAAGUACCGAGGGUUCCACAAUGGAUUAUACAAAUCCCGAGGAGUACACCGAUUCUCAGGAGGACAUCGCGGCUUCGACCGAAGAUGGCGAGGACAGUACUGAGGGUGUCUUAAAAUUCACAGACGAAUUACCAUUAUCGGACGAUAACGAGGAUGAGGAGACAACAGAAGAAUCGUUGACAUCUAAUGAAAAUGAUGCGCACGAUUACGUCGACGACAAUUACGAGCCGGAAAAUUACAAGACAGAAAUUGCAACGAAAUUGGACGAAUUUGAAGAGGAUAAGAGUGAGGAAAAGAACGAUGGAGAAAAGAAAGAUACGUCAGCGAAAGAUCCCGAUCGUACGAAGAAUAUAGAGAAGAGUGAUGAUAGCAUCGAAGUAGAAAUGCAGACGGAUCACGUGGCCGGCGUCACGAAGAUCAAGGAUCUCGAAGAAAUUGCAAGUUUAACCACAACUUCAUCGACUACAACACCGACAUUAACUACGACGACAUCGAGCACAACAGCAUCGACUACGACGACGUCGAGCACAAUGGCAUCGAGCACAACGACAUCGAGCACAACGGCAUCGAGCACAACGGCGUCAAUCAUGGUAACCUCAACCACAACAGAUUCGACCAUAACGGCAUCAAGCUCGACUCCGAUCACAACUACGACUGCUCGAUCGACGACCAUCACCCGUCGACCGAAAACUACCACCCCUCGUGCCACGCCGCCGAAAAUCUUUAAGCCUACUGGGAACAAAAGGAUUUAUGCUUACAUUCCUCCUACGACGACUCCGAAUCCGGUCGUAAUCAAACCGAGAUUGAGCCUAUAUAACCCGAAGCCGGCGAAACCGAUUAAAUCUUAUAACGAAUUGGCGCCGAAACCAACGAUCAGGAAGCUCAUUUUACCUACACGAACAUCUACUACUACUACCACUGAAGGUGUUACUAUUACUACUACAGAAAUAUUGAAUACUGAAAACCCGGAAAUAACGACGGAGCCUGUGACAAUAACGACGGCAGCAUCGACGGCGGCAGUAUCGACGACGGCACCAUUGACGACGGCAGCCACGAUGGCAACAGCGAUGACGACAGCAGCAACGACGACGGCAGCAACGACAACGGCGGCAAUGACGACAAUGGCAGCAACGACGACGACGACGGAGUCUAGCAGGAGCGAGGAGAACGGUCUCGAGAGCAAACUGGAAACAAACGAAUAUAUAUCCCUCGAUUCUCUCGCAAAGAAUAAUCAAACGAACAAGGACGAUCAACUUCCGAGUUCGUCCGAGCAAAAUACUUCGGCCAACUCUUCAGAAAACACUGAUCCGGGAAUGACAACCAUGAAAAUUGAAACUUUUACUCCUUAUCCUCUAUUUAAAUUAUCCACUCUCGCGCCUUCCAUUGAGCGGACAACGAAGGAAAUAGAAGUUAUACCACAGGAAACGACAGAGGACAUUGAUACUCUCGUUCCAACGACUAUUCCACCGACAACGUUGCUGUUCGAAAAGUCCGAGUAUGCUGAAAUCGCACCGAGUACUGAGAAGUACCUUGAAAUAACGGAGACCACUAUAGCUUCCACUUCCAAAGUCUAUCAGCAGGAAACUUCAUUGGUUUCUUCGGUUCCUCCGGUUCCUGAACGCGCCACGUCGGUUUCAGUCUUGACGACUGUCUUGCCUAAGGCGGAGGAUUCCGAUCCCGGUGCGUCGAUGGAAGCUGCGAUCCUCAAAUCAAGCAGCCGGAAACUCGUGAAACCGCGAAAGCACGCGAGCUUUAAUUGCCUGGAGAAAGAAAUGUAUCGCUUCUACGGCGACUUCAGGGACUGUCGAUUGUUUCACUAUUGCUCGCCCGGUUUCACGUCGCGGCAGGUGCUGGACUUCCGAUUUGUGUGCGAAGAGGGCACGGCGUUUGACGAAGUGACGCAGAGUUGCCGUCACGAAGUGCGUAACCGGAAGUGCCGAAAUCGCUCCUGGUGAGAGCGUUCACGGGGAGAAAUAAGGGACGCUCCACCGUUUCGUUUUCUUCGAAUCUCGUGUUUCCUCGAUUCCGUUGAUUUUGGUAAUUCGUGAAUCCUUUAGAACUCUUUAGUGUAUUUAUAUUUUCUUUCUUUCUUUUUUUUUAACACGCAAUAAGUAAGAAUACCCGAAGAAGAGGGCUCCCUCCUUCUCCUAAGCCCAUUGCCAUAGCGCUUCGCGCUGGAUUCACACUUAUUAAAGUUAAUGCGUUCCGAUCGACUAGCAAUCAUCGAUUGGAUCAGAGAGGGAAGCGAGGAAACAUCGUUGACGUGGUCUCGUAUGAAAAAAGAAGUCGCACUUAUCGUUAGCGUUAAGUAAGAAAACGAAGAAGUCGGUUCCUACGUUGUGUCCUCGAGACGUGUUGGCGCGAGAGACAUUAAACGAAGAUUGUCACGCGACUGUGAAGCGAUUUAUAUCGCAAUCACUCGUCGAGCGAAUGAUCUAGAUGCGCGAAACGCGAAUUUCUGAACGUUGCCGAAUAUUGCCGAAGAAACUACGCCCUACGGUUUAUCCGUGCUCUUGGCAUCUUGCUCGUACGCAGCGCGAUAACGAAUUAGCAGCCGUCUUUUUGGCCGUAUAAAUAAUUUUAUCGAGAUAAAGUCGAAUAUAUUUUUGAUAAAAUAUUUGCGACCAUGC